UGCAUUCCUGUACCGAGGGAGAACUUCUGCCCCAGUUUCUGCCCCCGACUCCAAGAAAUGGAGAAUUUCGCAAUGCUUCUGUCAAUCAGGAACUGGAAAUUAGGCUCAAAGCUACAGCAACACAAUCAUGGGUAAAUAACUUCAUUAUCAGUGGACCUCUGAACAUCACAAAGUACAACACUAUCAGUGGAUCAGAUGGAGAAUCUCUAAUAAGAUGGACACCAACUGAAAAUGACCUUGGUGAUCAUGUUCCCAUUUGCUUCAUUGCAGAGAGUCAAUCUGGGUCCAGUAUUUUCCAUUCUGAAAUGAGAUGCAUCAUUGUCACCGUUGGACACACAUAUGGCAAAGCCAAUGUGAUUUGUAACGAGAACACAAUGACAGUGGAAUUGGAGAAGUCCUCAAUAAUUGGACUUCAUGAAGAUCACUUGCGUCUCAAUGAUGCCUCCUGCACCCCCACCUCCAACAGCACCCAUGUGAUCGCUGCCAUGUCCCUCAGCUCCUGUGGGACAAUACUGGAGGAGGACGCGGACAACCUGAUCUUCAAAAAUGAAAUUACGUCAUAUGACAAACUUGGUGAUGUCAUUACCAGGAAACACCAGGUGGAGAUCGGGUUCUCGUGCUCGUACCCCAAGAAGGGCAAUGUGUCUCUGGAAUUCAGGGCGCACAAGAUUCCUUUCGUGUUCACGGAAAAAGGGUUCGGAAAGUUCACCUACCAGUUUGAGUUCUUCCACAGUGACCUGUUCGACCGCAUGGUGGACCCCAGUACCUACCCAGUAGAGGUGCCCCUGAGAGAGAUGCUCUACAUGGAAAUCAAAGCCACUUCCUCUAUUGCCAACACUGAACUCUUUGUGGAGUCCUGCAGAGCAACCCCUGUUGAUGACCCCAACUAUCACAUUUUCUAUGACAUAUUUGAAAAUGGCUGCACGAUAGAUGAGACAGUGGUGGUCUAUCCAAGUAACCCUUCAGAUUUCAAAUUUGGAAUCGAGGCUUUCACAUUCAUUGGAGAACAUGAGGAGGUCUUCAUAAGCUGCUCAGUCAUCCUGUGUGUGGGAGGGAACCCCUUCAGCAGAUGUUCUCAGGGCUGCAUCAAUGCCACAGCCGCCCCUGUUGUACAUCACCACCACAGGAGGGCUGUUGCCACAGAGACGGUCAGACACUACAUCUCCCAGGGGCCUUUGCGUCUAAAGAAGAGCACAGACAUCACAGUUUCCAACAUGAGCUUGAGCUUGAACAUGAACCUGGUUUUCAUCGCUGCUGUUCUCCUGGUCACGGUUGGAAUUGUGUGUGGAGCAGUGAUUUAUACAGCAAAGAGGUCAAAGGUCAAAUACCAACCACUUCCAUCCACUGACUUCUGAGACACUGUUUGCAUACUCAUUAAAGAGUGAACACUUUCUAGACAAUCACAUUAAGACAAUAUUUCCCUUUUAAUAAUGAAAGAUGAAUUGGCUUUUCAGGCCCUGAAUCUGUAUAAUCUCUUCUUUGGUGUAAUGAAUUUCAGAAAAUAGUGAUUAUUGUGAGCUUGGAUUUGUUAAUUACAAUGCUUCAAUAACCUUACCGUGACUGCUUAGCUAUGAAUGAAAUGUUUAUUAAAAUUAAUUCACAUUGUCACAUCAUAAGACAUGUCACAUCAAUGACUAUGGCUUGACUAUAAUUGUAGUUUUUUUAAAAUGCUGCAAAAUGUAAUUUUGUUGUAAUGGCUCUGAAUUUAUGGUAAACAUUUGAUAUAAACUUUCUACAAGAAAUA